CAUUGUCCCCAUUUUCAGGAAUCUGUGUUCCUGCAUGUGAAACGAAAUUUUAAACGCGCAAAUUUAUUUUUUUAUAUUUAGAUAACUUAUUUACCAUGUUAUUGGCGUCAAGUAUACGCGCAUUAAUAUUCUUGCCAAACGUUCGAUUUUAUAAAACUAACUUUGAGUCAAGAAUACAAAAAAAAAUACACUUAAAUUUGAAUGCUAGUAGUUCAAGGUCAUUGUUUAGCUUAAGUACUUUUUCAACAAUACCACAACAGUUGCAUACAAUUGACGAUCAAACUGUUCAAGAAAAUUACUAUAUACCUUAUACAGAAAAGCAAAUCUCUUUUAAACAUACUCAUUUGGAAGCAUCGGAAAAGGAAACUGGUGGGAAAAACGAUCCCUCAUUAAAUCAAAAUAAAUCAGAAGAAAAUGAACCUAAAGGAGUAGAUGAAUAUACGCUUAAUGUUGGCAGAGCAAUUCGUACUAUACGAGAUGAUUUACCAUUAUUCUUUGAACAUGGUCUAUCUGAUACUUCAAUCUAUUCAUCAAAUAUUUUGUUAACUGAUCCACAUCAUACACGUCUUCAUGUGCGUGGAAAGCACAUAUAUAUAGGAAUCGCUAAUUUGUUAAGAUGGAGUUUAAUAUGGUAUUUUGAUGAUUUGACAUUAGAAUUAGUUAAGCUUCACGUAGUUGAAAAUGACAGCGAGGACGAGAAUAAAUCAGAACAAGAUAUAUAUUUUAAAGACGCGAUAAAUGAUGAUAAUUAUUUCAGCCACAUAAAGAAAGAUUUUUUAAAAACACAUACAUCAUAUUUUUCUACGACCUCAAUAUCACCAUCAGAUAGAAACACGCGACUUUAUAUUCGUUGGACAUUUGAGGGAACGCCAAGGUCAUCCUAUAUUAAAUCGAUGUUUUCUCCCCGUGGAACUCGAAUUCCGCGGACAACUUUUUCAGGUAUCUUUAUGUAUAGAUUUGACCCUAGAAAUGGAUUAGUUUUAGAACACCACGUAAAACAUAUUAUACCUGCACCCAGCCGAAAAGCGGUAUUAUAUCAUGGAUUUGGUGGUUUUGGUGGCCUAUUAUGGAGAAUCAGAAGUAGUAUGAGACAACAGAAAAACGAAUGGGGAGUUGGUUUAGGAAUGGUUGUUCAUGAAUCAGAAAAUAAUAAGUCUAAUUCUGUUAGGUUAAAAACUUCUAAAGAUAAAAAUGAUUUUAAUGAUCAUCGAGAUAUUGCUAAACUAUAAUAUCCGAUAUAUAUUUUUUUUUUUUGCAUUCAUCUUUUUAUUUAAAAUUUGAUACGCAAGUCAAAAUUGUCGUUGUAUCAGUUAAAUAAUAUUGUAUAGUUGAAACCCACGAAAGUUGAAUCAACAUUAAAGAGAAUUGACCGCA